UUGAUUGUGAAAUUAACCCCAAAUUUUCCUUGAACAGCCCAAGGCUAAGGAGCUGUUUGUUUGGAGUCUAGGUCUUCUGUUGUCGCUGCUAUAACUGUUAGGCUCUAAUUCAAACAGCCCCUAACCCGCAAAGCUAAUUUUGCUUAUACCGACCCGAAGAGGCAAUACCAUUUUGCGUUUGCCUCGAAUUUCUCGGAAAAACCCUCUCUACCUUGUAAAACCCUCGUCUCCCGCUGCAUCAUCAACUGGAUUCCAGAGCGCGUACAUUGAGCAGCUAUGGUGGAUCCAUGGUGGUCUCUAUUAGGUGCAGCAAUACCAGCUGUAAUUGCGGGGCAAGCUAUUAGGAUGAAGAAAAAGAGAGGCGAAGAGCAGAGGUUAAACAGUGCUAGAGGCCGUGAGAAAAGCUCAGAUGAAAUUUUUGUUUGUGAGAGGGUAUGCACUUCAAAGAGGAUGUUAAAAAAGGUUGGUGCAUUAUCGAAAGAUCCGACUGUUGAUACUUGUGUCACUGUUUGUGGCGUAUCUGAGCUCGAUGCUUGUGCUGAUGCCUGUGCAAGAACUGUUUGUGUUAAUCAACAUCAAGUACCGAACUGGAAUGAUGUCUGUCUUCGGAGGUGCCAGAGUGAAUGCCUUAGGCUAUCCAAUUCUUCUGUUGCAUCUUGAGAGGUUAAUGCUCCUAUGUUAUCACUUGUUUUUUUUUUUUACAAGAAAUGUUCAUUUACAUUUUUAGGGGUUGAAUUGAUGCACUUACUUACUGGUGUUUUAUGAUUUCCUUGGUUUAUUGUAUCGCUCUCAGUGUAACAUAGAUUUCUCGUAUCUAGAUAGUUUCUUAUGUUCGCAAUGUUUGUUAGUGCCUUUUCCAUCAAAUUUCAUUGAAACUGGAUUAGUUUGGA